UGUACCAGACAGUGUGUGUGUGUGUGUGUGUGUGUGCGCGCGCGCGCGCGCGUGCGCAUGUGUUGCUCUGAGGAAGCGUGAGGAAGCAGAACAGUGUGUGAGAACCUUUGGCUGCUGUUACAGAAACCUGGCUAGUUUUGUUUUGGGAUCUCCAGGAGGACAUAAACAUAAACGCACAAAGUGUCACGAAGAAGAAUCUGAAGAACAAAGCUGACUCCCACACUGAAUGAGCGAAGCCAAGCGAAUGAGCGGAGAACAGCGCAUUUACCAUUAUAGGAGUCUAAACAGAGGAACAGGGUAUUGUCUUUGAGCUAAAGACUCAAGAGGACAACGUAUUGUCUGUGCUGAUUGAAGAUUUAAGGUGUGUUUGUGUUCAGGCGGCCCACGUCCAGCAGUCUCAUGGCCAGCAACAACACCGCCAGCAUUGCUCAGGCCCGCAAACUGGUGGAGCAGCUCAAGAUGGAGGCCAACAUCGACCGGAUAAAAGUGUCCAAGGCAGCCGCGGACCUGAUGUCAUACUGCGAGGCUCACGCUAAGGAGGACCCGUUGCUAUCACCUGUGCCUGCCUCUGAGAACCCUUUCAGGGAGAAGAAGUUCUUCUGCACCAUCCUGUAGGUGGUGCCGGCCAGCCGCAUGGCUGCCCGCUUCCUCUGGGACCCUACCCAUUCUCACACACACACACACACACACCCACACACACCAUCCCCACCACAACACACCCACACACACCAUCCCCACCACACACACAUACAUACACACACACACACACAAACAAACACACACACAUGGAUGUUACAAACACAGAUCUUGUGCUGAGGGCUGAGGUGUAGCGGCUGCCGCUUACAACCUCCACUGUUUGACCACAAGCCCAGCGGAAGCCUCCCUGCACAGUGUUGAGGGAGAGCCCGCACUGUGCAUGUGUAUAUGUGAGACAGCACAAGCAUCGUGGGCCCCUGACAUUAUGUAACUCCAUUACAUUGUGGGCCCCUCACAUUACAGCGGCUCUGUUAGAUCAUGGGCCCCUACAUUACAGCAGUUCUACUACAUCAUGGGCCCCUACAUUACAGCAGUUCCAUUACAUUACCUGCCCCUGACAUUACAGCAGUUUCAUCACAUUGUGAGCCCCUGACAUUAAUGCAUUUCCAUUACAUUGUGAGCACCUAUAAUUACAGCAGUGCCAGUAGGCAAGAAGUGUACUCAGUGCGGUAUUUCAUGGUUUCUCUGAGAUAUUCCAGUGUUAUGUUGGAUUUACUUAAAUUGGCCAGAUCAGAUUAUGAAUCUGAUCAUCAUGGAAAUGUUCUGAUUUCUUCAUUUGCUUUGUUUUAAUAAUUGUUUAUUUCCUUCAAAUGGGUUUAGUAUACAUCACUUAGGUAGCUUUGUUUGUAUGUGAAUUUUUUUAAUUUAAAAACAACAGAUAGCUAAAAGCAUUUUUUAUGAAAGAUUUGAACACAUGAAAUAUUCCUUAUAGAUACUUAUCUUUACAAUGUCUAUUAUAAUAUUGACUAUGUAUAGCAGGCAAAUUAAUUUUUUUCUUCUUCAAAAACAGGUCUCUUUUUACUAUUUGUAAGAAAAAAAACUCCUGUGUUGUGCUGUAUGAUUUGAAUGUUUGUGGUAAUUUAAAUAACAAUUGCAUGAUGAUGGAAACUGAAA